AUGAUGCCACCCACCAAUAAUGCGCAGACGGUGGCAGGGGCUGGGGAUACCGACCCAUUGGACAUCCGAGAACGGAGCACCAGUGCGCGCAGAAAAAGCCGUCAGAUGAACAAGAAUGUCGUUGAACCUUGGUCCGCCAUCUAUUCCCGGCCGACGGCGACAUCGAAGCACAUCGAAGCGCAAGAUGCGCGUGUGACUUGCAGUGGCAGCCGGCUAGACGGUGAUAUGGACGAGGAUUCUCGGGAGAUGCGAUGA